AUGGCUACUCCCGCUAUUCUUACCUUCGAUGCUGAGGGUCGUGCGAUCGACUUUGAGGUCUGGCUGGAUGAUCUGCAGCUUUUCCUGCAGUGUGAUAGCAAAGACGACCUCUCACUGUUCGAUCUCACGUCUGGUGCCUCUACUGCCCCUGCUGCUGAUGCUGACAGCACUACUCGCUCCCGCUGGAACACACGCGAUACUGCUGCCCGCCUUGCUGUGCGCAGUCACCUGCCCCCCGCUGAGCGCGCGCACUUUAGUCAAUACAAAACUGCUAAGGCCCUGUACGAUGCUGUCGUUGCACGCUACUCCUCCCCUGCCUCUGCUGCCCUUAGUCGCCUCAUGCUGCCGUACCUUUUCCCUGACCUCGCUGCCUUUGCUACAGUCGCUGACCUCAUUACGCACCUCCGCACUAGUGACACCCGCUACCGUGCUGCGCUUCCUGCUGAGGACCACUUCCUUGCUGUCUGCCCUACCACUCUCACCGUUGACCUCCUCGAGAAGGAGCUCCUUGCAGCUGAGCAGAGCAUAGUCGCUGUAGGAGCCUCUCGAGGUGACCCUCGUACCCCUGUCUUUGAGGGGUGCUCCCCCAUUCCCCUUUUGCCCUCUGUUGCCUCUGCUGCUGCUGUCGACCUCCUUGGCACUGAGUCGGUCGGCGCUGCGUCUGCCCCUAGCGGGAGGCGCCGCAACAGCAAGGGUAAGGGGGGCAAGGGAGCUGGAGGAGCUGGCGGGGGUGGUGGUGGUGGCGGUGGAGGCGGCGGAGGGGGUGGGGGUGGAGGUGGGAGUGGUGGCGGAGGUGGGGGCUCUAGUGGCAGCAGUGGAGGCGGAGGCAGCGGCAGCGGCGGCGGUGGGAGUGGAGGAGGUGGCGGUGGCGAUGGUGGCGACGGUGGCGGCGGUGGAGGCGGUGGCGGCGGUGGCGGCGGUGGCGGCGGUGGCGGCGGUGGCGGCGGUCGGAGUGGCUCUACGCAGCGAGGGAGCUUCGGUGGUGGUCAGCGUCAGCAGCAGCAGCGCUCUCGUGAGGCCCCGCCACCCCAGCAGCUUCACCAGUGGUACGCUGGGCGUCAGCGGCCUGGGGGUGCUGGUCCCUGUACGUACUUCUUCCGUACUGGUGACCGCACUGGGGAGCAGUGUGGCGGCCCGCACACCACUCAGCGCUGCUUCGGCCGCCUGACAGAUGCCUGGCGUCUCCGGUUCCGUGACGCCACUGAGUUCCGUCAUCACUAG